AUGUCGUCUCUCAACCAUCCCGAUACCCCGAACAUUCCCUCUUCCUCCGCCAUCCUCGGCAUCCAGAGCUCCACUCUCAUUGAUGCCCCCAUCCAAGUCGUCUGGAGCGCUCUUACAGACACAUCUACCUACCCGAGAUGGAACCGAUUUGUACCGCGGGUGACCGUUCGCGAGCAGCCUGACUCAGGCAACGAGGAUGCAAUCCUGAGAAACGGAACAAGAUUCACGUUCCACGUCAACAUGUACCCCGAAGCAGAUGACGAACCGCAGCCGCAAAAUAAAAAUCUCCGCGACACGUUCCUGAAAAUUAUAGAGGUCGAGCCGCCGGCGUCAACAGAACCCGCUGAUAGUGGCUUGAGGAAAGGCAAAAUUGUAUGGGCGUCGGACCCCGCUGCAGACGGAUAUGUCAUAUCUUCAUUGUUGACCGCCGAGCGCGUCCAUGAGCUGGAAGAGGUGAUAGACGGCAAUGGGAAGAGAAUGACAAUGGUGACAAAUUGGGAAUCGCAGGUGGGUGGUCUGGCUUAUGUGGUGAAAUGGAUGUUUGGGGGCAGGUUAAAAGGGAAUUUCACAAUUUGGGAGAAUGGCCUGAAGGAAUACGCCGAACGGAACUGGGAGAAUUAG